AUGUAUACGUUAGCGCUAAGUUUAGGAGCGGCUAUACUGCUGUUCAUUCUGCUGAUGCUAGUCACACAUCUUUUAGGGCAGCGUUACCUACAAAGUCAUCACAAUGACAAAAGAUCAGAAGCUACAGUGUCGAAACCUCUGCAUUUUCUCUCUAUGCUGUUCCGUCGCCCCCUUACUCCCUCGCUUCCUGGACCUCAGCCCUUACCCCUCCUGGGAAACAUAUUUGAGCUUAGCCAAGACCAUCUACCCAUAUACCUGACUGGACUGGCUCGUCAGUAUGGAAAUAUCUACCGCCUCCAAUGCGGCAACACCACCAUGGUGAUUCUGAACAGCAGUGAGCUUAUUCGUGAGGUUCUGGUAAAGAAAUGGUCUGACUUUGCUGGAAGACCACAUUCAUUCACCGGUGAUAAAGUGUCAGGUGGGGGUUACUCCAUCUCUCUGGGAGACUACAGUGAGAAAUGGAAGGCCCAUCGACGGCUGGCCCAUAGUGCUUUGCAGCGCUGUGUGGCUGAGUCUUUGCAUUCUGUUAUAGAAAAUCAAGCACUGCACCUCAAACAGGUGUUGCUGGAAUACAAAGAGGAGGCCAUGGAUCUGUCUGAAGAUUUUACUGUAGCAGCAAGUAACAUCAUUACCACGCUAGUAUUCGGAAAAUCUUAUGAGAAGAGCUCGACACAACUGCAGGAGCUGCAUGACUGUCUGAAUGAGAUUGUGUCUCUGUGGGGAUCACCAUGGAUCUCAGCCCUGGAUUCUUUCCCUCUGCUCAGAAGGUUGCCAAAUGCUCCCUUUUCACGUCUUAUGAGAGCGGUAGCUAGAAGGGAUGAGCUCAUUAAGGCAUACUUGGAUGAGUUUAAGGUAAAAAGUGAUCAUAAAGAUGCAGAUUGUACUCCACCACUCCUACAGUAUCUCAAAUCACCACAGGGAACAGCAAACAAUAUGACUCUGACAGACGCUCGCUUGCACAUGACUACAGUGGACCUGCUGAUAGGUGGAACAGAGACCACUGCUGCCUGGCUCAGUUGGACUAUUGCAUUUCUUCUAUACAGACCAGAGGUACAGACUCGAGUACAUGAGGAACUCAGUAAUGUGCUGAAGGGGCAGUAUCCUCGGUACAGUGACCGUCACAGACUACCGUACCUGAGCGCAGUGAUUAAUGAGGUGCUGAGACUGCGGCCUGUGGCUCCACUUGCUGUGCCUCACAAGGCCAUCAGAGACAGCAGCAUUGCAGGAUACUUCAUCCCCAAGAACACAGUUAUUAUCCCUAAUUUGUUCGGAGCCCAUCAUGAUCCAGAGGUUUGGACUGACCCUUACAGCUUUAGACCAGAGCGCUUUUUGGAAGGAGGCGGGGGUUCACUUCGAGCCCUAAUACCCUUUAGUGGGGGUGCUCGGCUAUGCCUCGGGGAGUCUGUGGCCAAAAUGGAAAUAUUUCUCUUUACCGCAUACCUACUUCAGGACUUCCAGUUCUUUCCUGGCAGCCCUGAGGAUCCUCUGCCUGACCUGCGUGGUGUAGCCAGUGUAGUCCUAAAGGCCAAGAGCUACAAAGUCAUAGCCCAUCCUAGAAACAAAUAAAGUCCAACAGUAAAUGCAGUUGGUCAAAUGUAGACCAGUCACAAUUAUCACAUAAUUAUCGCUAACUAUCAAUAUUUUUAUGUGGUUAUUAAUCUAUGUAACCCAC